AUGAUCAACUGGAUCCUCACCAUCACUCCCAUCGCCGUCUUCUCCCUCGUUGCCAAUGCCGUCGGGAAGCAAGAUGAUCCAGCUACUGCAUUUGCGAACGUCGGCUUCCUCCUCGCCGCCACCGCGACGGGCUUUGCCAUCCAUUUUCUGCUCGUCUACUGCUUGCUCAUUCUCGUGGUGACCAAGUCCAACCCCUUCUCGUACUACAAGCACCUCGUUCCCGCGCAGCUGAUGGCGUUCGCUUCGGUCAGUCCGGCCAUCGGCCCGAGUGUCGGCCAUCAAGUCAUCGACCGCGCCGCUGCCCUCUUUCCGCCGCAGGCCAGUUCGGCUGCCACGAUCCCGGUGACCCUCAAGAGCGCCAUCGCGUCGGGCCAGGUGGCGCCAUUCAUUGGUGGCUUCGUCAUCCCGCUCGGAGCUACGCUGAACAUGGACGGUGGAGGGAUCUACUUUCCGCUGGCGACCAUCUUCCUCGCCGUCACCUCCGGCUUGGAGGACCAGAUCACCGUCGCCUCCUACGUCAUGCUCGUCAUCAUCGCGACCAUUGGCUCCGCCGGGACCGCACCCGCCAGCCUGGUCCUGAUCAUCACGGCGUACAAUACAAUCUUCAACACAACGGGCACGCCGGAGACCUUCUCCUUCAUCCUCGCCAUCGACUGGCUGCUCGACAGAGGCCGCACGAUCCUCAACAUCACGGGCGACGCCACGGUGGCGCGAAUCGUAUCGCACCUCAUGGCAUCGGAGGAGGACGCGGACGACGACAGCGCCGAGGCCGAGGUGAAGCGAACCUCCGCGGCGCGGUUCAGCAGGCUGACGAACCCGGAGGGGGCGUCGAUGCGCAAGAGUAAGUCCCGCGGGGGGCAGGGCGGCCCCUCGAGUGGUGGGGAGAUGCUUUGA